GCUGUACCCCUUCUCCGCGUACACCUGCCGGGUGUCGGCACAGCUCCUCCCAGCAGCAGCCACGGGACUCCGGGUCCCCGACAGUGCACAGACCGCGCAGAGCAGCACCAGCAGCGGGAACCUGGGGGGAGACAAGCGGUCUCUUCCUCACAGUACCGCUGACAAAGUGUUGGCAAAGACCAGCUAACUUGCAGAUAAAAACAGUUCGCAAUCCCUGGUGCCUCUUCCGCUGAUAAUGACAAGUGGAGACUCCCAUUUUGACAGUCUUGAGGAGUUCGAUGACUUCUCAGAUUCUGGCAGUGACUACGAGGCCACGAUAAAAGCCACAAAACGGAAGAAACGGACAGUGACUGGACAUCGGCCACCCAAGAGACCCAGGCAAAAAGCUGCAUUGAGGGUGUCCAGCCCCAGUAGCAGUCCCAUUUCCACUCCUCCAGAUCCCUCCCUGCAGCAGCAUCAGCACUCCCGGGGGACAUCCAGGCAGGCCUCUCCUAGACAUGUGACGAGAGUGAACGAGGGGAACCGGGGCAUCAGUGCAGAGGAUAUCUAUAAUGCUGUCCACUCUGGAAAGACUGCCAUGGUGACGGUGGUGGACGAGUGGCUGGACAGCUACAAGCAGAGCCGAGAGGCGGGGCUGCUGGUGCUCAUCAACUUCAUUGUUCAAUCCUGCGGAUGCAAAGGUGUUGUUAGCAGAGAGAUGUUGGACAGCAUGCAGAAUGCUGAGAUCAUCAGCACACUAACCAAAGAGUUCAAUGAGGAUUCAGUGAACUACCCCCUGUGCACUCCAGGCCCUCAGCUGAGGCGUUUCAAAGCCGGCCUGUGCGAGUUUGUUCGGGUUCUGGUGCGCUCCUGUCGGAAUAGCCUCAUUUAUGAUGAGUACCUCUUCCCCUCCCUGCUGGCUCUGCUCACUGGCCUGUCUGACUCCCAGGUCAGAGCCUUCAGACACACCAGUACCCUGCUCGCCAUGAAGUUGAUGACUGGGCUGGUGGAAGUAGCUGUGAUCGUGUCUGUUCAGCAGCAGACCACCCAGCGGCAAUAUGACAUGGAGAACAGCAAAAGCGAAUCUGACAGAUCCUCUGACAGACUGGAGGAGCUGCAGGCCUCCGUCAGUCAGCUGCGGGAGAACAGAGAGGAGGUAUCCUCCAUGAUGAACGGUACGUUCCGUGGUGUGUUUGUGCACCGUUACCGGGACCGGCUGCCUGAGAUUCGGACAGAAUGUAUUGAGGAGUUGGGCAUGUGGCUGAAAAUGGACCCUGAAGACUUCCUGAACGACGGAUGUCUUAAAUACCUGGGGUGGACCCUACACGACAAGCAAAGUCCAGUGCGUCUGCAGUGUGUCCGUGCCCUGCAGGGUCUGUACCAGGAGAAGGAAUUCAUUGGCCGCCUGGAGCUUUUCACCAGCAGAUUCAAAGAGAGGAUGCUCAACAUGGUGCUGGAUAAGGACCCAGAGGUGGCAGUGGAAGUGGUCAAUCUGUCGCUGCUGAUCCAACAGAGGACAGAGGAAGGUCUGAGAGAGGAUGAGUGCGGCCACAUCUACCCGCUGGUUUACGCUUCCAAUAGAGGCCUGGCGUCUGCAGCCGGCAACUUCCUCUUCAACAAGCUGCAAAUUGUGAUUGACGGUGACAGCGGGGAGAAUGAUAAAAGUGAAAAUGCAGCCUUCCUUCAAAUCCUCAUCUCCUUCUACAUCCAGAGUGAGUUCCAUGAGCACGGGGCGUACCUGGUGGACAGUCUGUGGGGUGUGGCGAGGGCUCAGCUGAGAGACUGGGACACUAUGACGGCAUUCCUGCUGCAGGAGGAUGGUCUGAUGUAUGAGGAGGAGGGGGCUCUCAUAGAGCUGAUGAUGUGUGCCAUCAGACAGGCAGCUCAGGCAAGCCCCCCUGUUGGGAGAACUCAGGGCAAAAAGAUGCUGAGCAUGAAGGAUAAGAAAGCCCAGGAACAAGACAGGAGACGCAUCACCACACACUUCAUCCCGUUACUGCCACAGCUGCUGGUCAAGUACUCAGCAGAUGCAGGGAAGGUGACUCUCCUCCUCAAAGCUCCCCUCUACUUUAACCUGGAGAUGUACAACAGCGUGCCGCGGCUGGAGAAGCAUCUGGGCCUGCUGCUGUCUCAGAUAUGUGGUAUUGUGGAGAAGUACACAGAGGUCACCGUGCUGCAGGCUUGCGCCAACCUUUUCAGCACCCUUUGCUCCGACAGCUACACCUUCUCCUCCCGCGCACACCUGGCAUUCAGCCAGCUGCUGGACGGCCUGACAGAGUGCUUCAGCACCUACUUAAGUGACCUGCUGCAGGGUACUGCAGAUGACGAUGACGUUUACAGUGCAGCCACUGCUUUGAAAAGGAUUGCAGCCCUGAGCUGGGUGAGUGACUCGACAGGCUGGAAGCUGUUCGACCCUUGUCUCGAGCUUCUGAAGAGCAGGAUGGAGUCCAGAGAGCUCGACAAGGAGCUGAUGGUGUCGGCUCUGAAGUGUGCUGCCUUUCACCUGAUGUGGGCUAAAAUGAACGCAGUGAACUCCACACCGGCCGAGGGGGAACUGAAGCGUCUGAAGAUGGACAUGCGUUCGUUCUGCAAAGUCUGUGAGACAUGUCUGUCUCUGAACCAGACCGAGAUCAGAGAUCAGGCCUUUGAGCUGUUGUGUGACUUGCUGCUCUUGUACAGUACGAAUUCAGUCCGCUCUGAGCCGGCUCUCCAAGCGUUGAUCCACCUGCCGUCGGAUUCCCUGCGCUCGGAGAUGGCUGCUUUCCUCUUGGACUACGUCUUCUCUGACACUGAAGAUGAUGAGCUCAACGUUGAGGGUGAGGAGGAGAUGAAGAUGACUCUUCUCCAAAAAAAGCGCAACCAGCUGGCUGGCUACUGUAAGCUGGUCAUCUACGGCGUGCUGGACCUCACCGCUGCCACCAACGUCUUCAAGCACUACAGCAAGUACUUUAAAGAUUUUGGCGACAUCAUUAAAGAGACCGUGAGCAAGAGCAAGCUCAUCAGUCCCAUUCUGAGCGCCAAGACGGUCGGUCUGAGUCUGCAGCAGCUGUUCUCAGAGAUGCUGACGGAGGACCACAGCAGGCAGGAUCUCAGUGAGAUUAGAGACUUGGCCAAGAGGCUUGCCAUGAGCUUUGGCAUCGAUCUUCAUCGCGUCCGCAAACCACUGGUGGCCCUGCACACGGACGGUGUACGUUUUGCAUUUCGGGACCCACGAGAGGGAGAAGCGCAGCACGUGAAUGUGGCCUUCUUGGAGAUCCUCAGCGAGUUCAGUUUCAAGCUGCUGCAACAGGACCGCGCCCAGCUGGCUGCGUUUCUGAAGUCAGAGUGUCCCAGUGCUGCCCUCUCCUGGCCGUCAGUCAGAAUGUAUCAGCGCUCUUUGGAGGGCCGCUCUGCAUCUAAACACAGAGAACAGGAGGAGGGAGGCGUCUCCUCACUUGAUACCCCUGUAGCUAAACGCAAGAGGAUCACUGCCCCGGGUUCAGUGGCCAGCUCAGCAAGAGAAUCCUGGUUGGACAGCAUGAGCAUCCACAGCAGCCUGCCCACCCCGGCCCUCACCUCCACUGUGCAGAGACUGACAGCCAAGCAGCUGUCUCCCUCCAGAGAACCCAGAGCCACAGAGUCUAUUGUCGGCAGCAGCUUAACUGAGUCUGAUGAUGAAGUCUCCUUAGGGUCUCAUAUGCGAAAGGUGAGGCCCACCAAACGACGCCCGCUCUCCAGCCAGAACGGCCCCACUUCGGAUCCGCAGGACCUGAACUCCAACCUCACCUUACUCUCUCUGAUUGAGGACGACGAUGCAGAAAGCGAAGAGCCUGAGAUUGAGGAUUAUGAGAGCGACUCUGAACAUGACUCUGACUAUACACUGCCUUCCACGCGUCACACCUCGGCCAGUGUCCUUGAUGAGCUCUUUGAUUGAGGGCACAAAGACCUGCACCGCCUGGGGAACAUUUGAGUGUACUUUGUAUUAGGGCCAUCUGUUCUUCUCCAUGACCCCUUACCGAGUUCACCCAUCAGUGAAGAGAAAAUCAAAAAUGAUUAUGAAUUUUGGAGACAGAAGUUGUUGCCAUUCACUGUUAGGAAUGUUUUUGUUUGAAAAAAAAAGUUGCUGAAGUUCAGUUAGAUCCCUGUUUGCUGGCAGCAAGCUGAAAGCAUCUCCGCCUGUGUUCCACGUUUUGAAUUUAGUUUCAUAACAUCUUUGUUGCACCUUUUUUGUGUGUAAGGCUUGUUAAUUUAAUGUUAAUUAAAAUAUGUUUAAUUGAGCAAAGUAACACUGAAAGUGUCUUUAAUGAGAUCACAAGAAAAUGUGUUUACGAAUAGGCAUGUUGGUGUGACGCACAUAAAUGCCUGAAUAAUAUACAAAUGCCGGCUCAAUGCCAUUAAAAUGUACAAGAUGUCACGAUAGUGUUAGUAAUGGGCAGUUUGUGUCUUUUUUGGAUUAAAUAAAGUUAACAUUAAAAUAAAUACUA